CUCUCACUGUCAUCAUGGACUCCUCCGCCGUUAACGCCAACGUCAGCGUCGACGACUUUGACAGCAUUCUGCUCUACUCCCCCGACGAAUCCGUAUGGACCACACCAGAUCCUUCAAGUUCCGACUUCGAUGCCGCUUCGAGCCAAUGGUGGAUGGGAACGUACCAUGCGACGGAAACAAUAAACGCCUCAGUCAGCCUCAACUUUACCGGGCCGGCGAUUUACAUCUACGGCGAUUCUGGCCCAAAUUACGGAUCGUACGAGGUCACGAUUGAUUCGAACACGACGACUUUGAGCGCGUAUUCCUCGAGUAACGCAUCCGUGCCGUAUCUUUUGUACGGAAAUGGCGCUCUGGAGUAUGCCAACCACUCGUUAACCCUUAAGAAUGUCGGAGCGAAGGGUAGCGACAGCGGCGGAAACGGGUUUCUAUUUGACUUUCUCCGGAUGACCGUGCAGCUUGCGCCUAAAGGAGCGACAGUCACGAAUACGACCCUCCAAGAGACUGACUCUUCGAUUACGUAUACAGGCGAAUGGGGGAACAAUACCUCGACCGCCUUUAGUGGAGGAGGCUCAAAAUACACGAAUGGGAACCUAGCCUCCUUCUCACUGGACUUUCACGGAUCAGCUAUCUACGUCUUCGGCGACAAGAAGAACGACCAUCGAGAGUACAACGUCUACCUCGACAACGGGACCGCGCAGACGUUUAAUGGCACCUCGGGCUGUGGAGGAGCCUUUGGACAGACGUGCGAGCAGCAGGAGCCCUGCCUGAAGUUCUUCGCGUCCAAUCUUGAUGGAUCCGUGCAUUCGCUGAGGCUCGAGAACUUGGCCGGGGUUAACCAGUCGUAUUUUGAUCUAGACAGUAUUGUUUUGGCUGUUCCAUCGGAAUAUGCUCCUCGAGAGUUAUCGGACUCAUCCGCAUCAAGCAGUGCAUCCGUGACAUCCUCGUCGUCGGCUUCCUCAACUUCGACCAGUUCUUCCAACGGUACCGUCCCGCUCGUCUCGUGGAAUCCAAUGCUGCUCCUCUUCAUGGCGUUUAUCUACUUGUUCAAGACACGACUCCACUAAACUUUUUAUCAUUUGGGCUUCUUCUUAACUUAUAUCACCCACCAAGACGCUGUAUUCCAUCAAUUUUAGCAUAUAAAAAGAUCAGGGAUUCUCUUUGUUUUCUUUCUGUUCGGCGAUCAGGACAAGUUGUUUAGUCCAUUUUGCAUGUUCCCUACCUACCUACUAUACGCCCAGGACUUGGUAUUUAGUCUCUUAUUGUGUUUUCCUUUUACGCUUUCCCGCGAUCUUUGCACUGAAGUAUACCCACGAUCAAGCAUAGAUAGAUACCAGCAAACUGCAUUGUCUUUUCCAACCGAGCACUGCUGAUGGG